AACCCCCGCAUACUCCAAACUGAAAACGCAAAAGAUACACACAGAAGAAAGAAAGGAAGGAACUGAGAAUAGUUGCACACUUCCAAAACAUAGAAAGAGAAAUAUAUAGAGAAAAUCAAAAUACAUUAACAAGAAAUUACAAACACCGCAGCUCAUCAGUUCGGCGGCGAAGAUGAUAGCAUACCUGGAACGAUUUAUUCAUGAAAACGACUCCGACUCUAAACCAGACGACGCCGUGCCAACAACCAUAUGUCAGUCUCUAGACCUUCAGGGCCUAGUCAUAGACUGCGUUUCCACCGGUUUGGCCGGUAAAGAUUUCGGCGGUUUAUAUUCUUCCAAACCUUUGGCUAUAAUCAAGCCAUCCGGUGCUGAUGACGUGGCUAGAGUGGUCAGAGCAGCGUACCGGUCACCUAAUCUAACGGUUGCAGCAAGAGGUAACGGUCACAGCAUCAACGGUCAAGCUAUGGCUGAUCAUGGUCUUGUCAUAGAUAUGCUCUCUACUGCAGAGAGUCAUUUCGAGAUUGUAGCUAACGGCAUGACUGGUGAAAUGUUUGUUGAUGUUUCUGGAGGGGCAUUAUGGGAAGAUAUUUUAAAACGAUGCGUUUCGAAUUUUAAUUUAGCUCCGAGGUCGUGGACUGACUAUUUAGGCUUAACAGUUGGCGGAACGUUAUCUAACGCCGGCGUCAGUGGUCAGGCUUUCCGUUACGGACCGCAGUCUUCUAACGUAGCCGAAUUAGACGUGGUAACUGGAAAAGGUGACUUGGUAACGUGUAAUGAAACGGAAAACCCUGAGUUGUUUUUUGGAGCACUUGGUGGUCUUGGCCAAUUUGGCAUCAUAACAAGAGCUAGGGUCAAGUUACAAUCAGCACCGGACAUGGUGAGAUGGAUAAGGGUGGUGUACACUGAGUUUGAAGAUUACGCUCGGGAUGCUGAGUGGUUAGUGACUCGGCCUGACGACAUGUCGUUCGAUUAUGUAGAAGGCUUCGUGUUUGUCAAUAGUGAUGACCAUGUAAAUGGAUGGCCUUCUGUAUCAUUAGACCCGGACCGUGGGUACGACCAUACUGCUAUUCCUGCGACCGCCGGUUCAGUUCUUUACUGCUUAGAAGUAGCUCUACACUACCAAAACAGUGACCACCCGUCAACGGUUGAUACGGCCGUGAACAGCUUGCUUGGACGGCUAGGAUUCCUGGAGGAUUUAAGGUUCCAAGUAGACAUAUCCUUCGUAGAUUUUCUAUUGCGUGUAAAGCGAGUAGAGGAAAACGCGAGAGCCAAUGGAAUAUGGGACGCUCCUCACCCUUGGUUAAACAUGUUCGUUUCAAAAAAGGAUAUUGCUGAUUUUGAUCAAAUGGUGUUCAAGCGGAUUCUGAAGGAAGGUGUUGGUGGGCCCAUGCUGGUGUACCCUCUAGUGCGAAGCAGGUGGGAUCAUCGGACAUCAGUAAUGAUACCAGCGGAAGGGGAGAUUUUCUACAUAGUGGCAUUACUCCGAUUCACUUCACCAUACCCAAAAGGUCCUGCUGUUGAAAAAUUGGUAUCUCAAAACCAAGAAAUUAUCCAAUUAUGUGUCAAUGAUGAAUUUGACUUCAAAUUAUAUCUUCCUCACUACCAAACCCAAGAGGGCUGGAAACGACACUUUGGUAAUCAAUGGUCUAGAUUUGUUGAUAGGAAGGCCAGUUUUGAUCCCUUGGCCAUCCUUUCCCCGGGGCAGAAAAUCUUUAGGAGGACCUCUCAGUCCUAGUACAAUUUUCUAUUGAUUGGCCAUCAGCUGGUUAAUUUUAGAUGAUCAAUUGUAAUUUUUUUUUUGUUUUCUUUUAUAAUAUUUUGAGAUCUACUUUGAUGCUAGUUACAAAAUUAUUGGUGGGUCAGUGUCUGUACCAUUUCAAUUAUAGUUGACAAACAAUAUUUGAUUAUAUUGAAGCAAUUAAUGUAAAGGAAUAUUUUUUUCAAAAAGAAAA